CCCAGACCAUCCUCUUUCUCGGGAUACAGAGUAUCGAUACUACAGCCAAACAAACCACUGCAAGCGGCGUUCUUCCUCCGCCGGAUGUUAAACUCACCCGCAGGUGACACAACAUGCUAACUCUUACAGGAGGCUCCACACCCAUUGCCGCGAAAUGCACAAUCCAAAUCAAAAGGCGGUUCAGGGUUCGCUCCGCCGCUGCCGGGUUCCCUUCUUUCCUUCCCAAAGAGGUCGAAAAGAUAAAAGACCCGUUUGCCCGCAAGCUCGCCGCCCGAAUUGAAAGGCUACCCGUGAGUUUUGGAGAGAAUAGUGUGAUGAGUAGUUGUGUGAAGCCAUUGGUGCAGAGCGAGACGAGUCCCGUGGUUCUUCUCCAUGGUUUUGACAGCUCCUGUUUAGAAUGGAGAUAUACUUAUCCAUUGCUCGAGGAAGCGGGAUUGGAGACUUGGGCUGUGGACAUUCUUGGUUGGGGUUUCUCCGAUUUAGAAAGACUUCCCUCCUGCAAUGUGGUCUCUAAGCGUGAGCAUUUUUAUCAGCUUUGGAAAUCCUACAUUAAGAGGCCAAUGAUAUUGGUUGGACCAAGCCUUGGUGCUGCUGUUGCAAUCGACUUUGCAGUCAGCCAUCCAGAAGCUGUCGAAAGGCUGGUGUUGGUUGAUGCAAGUGUGUAUACAGAAGGCACGGGAAAUCUAGCAACCAUGCCUAAAAUGUUAGCUUAUGCUGGAGUGUAUAUACUGAAGAGUCUCCCGCUGCGCAUCUAUGCAAACUUUUUGAGCUUCAGUGGCAUAUCACUUGCUACCAGUUUAGAUUGGACUAAUAUUGGCCGCUUGCAUUGUCUGUUUCCUUGGUGGGAGGAUGCAGCUGUGGAUUUCAUGAUGAGUGGGGGUUAUAAUGUUAGUGCCCAGAUAGAACAGGUAAAGCAAAGGACGCUUAUCAUAUGGGGUGAGGAUGACCAGAUUAUUAGCAGCAAGCUUGGAGUGAGACUGCACUGCGAAUUGCCAAAUGCUAUUUUACGACAAAUACCAGAAUGCGGACACCUUCCUCACGUGGAAAAGCCAAGCUCUGUUGCAAAGUUGAUUGUGGAAUUUGUUCAACAAGAUCAGUACAAAGAAGUCCAAUGUAUUUCUCAAGUUUGAAGUUUUGACAAGCUGGUGGAUUCUAACCGUGUUUCCAACAAAUCUGCUGUGCUGUGCUGUACUGAAUAUAAUACAACACAAUGAUUUUACCUCUCAUUUUUUCAUUUCUGUACACUCUUGCUUAUUUCCGACUCAUAAUUCUUAGGUAACUUAUUUAAUCUAAAAACGAAAACGAAACAUUAUCAAACGGGUCCUUGAAAUUGACACAUUCGAUUGCCUCGAUGUUGUCUCGUAGUUAUGCUACAUGAAACGUAAGUUUAAACACAAUGUUCAGGCUCCAUUAGGAUACCUAAAUUGAUUGUUAACCUCAGUGAUAGGGGCUAACGAAAAAAUUGUAAAUCGCAACAAAAUCCGGCAUGUAACCGGAUUCAUUAUUUGUAUUAUUAGUACUUUUCGAUAACAUGUCACGCAAUCAGCGAGGCGCUUUGGUGAAAUAAUGGUAGGGGUAGAGCGUAGUUCCAUUAAAUUAAAAAAUAGUGGCUCGUAUACAUGUACAAAAGGGAAGAUCUAAAAAGAAAGAGAGGAUCAGAUUCCUACCCCCAAUAAGCACUAGCAGCAGCACCACUCAAAAUGGAAUCGAAUUCCCCAGCUUUUUCACAAUGGAGCAAGGAAAGCAAAACACAGAAACCA